GGUCAGAUGCUUCUAGCUUCCUACUUUUCGGAAACAUCAGUUUCUCCUUCAACAUUAACUGAACAAGUAGAAGAAGCGGCUGCUCAAAUUUCCCGUCUCUCUCUCUUUUUUGUUAACAUAAAAAAAAAGGAGGUUAAAAAUGGGUAGAAGUCUUAGCCCCAUUCUGCGGCAAGAGUUGGAAAAUCUUGAUAAAGAUGCGGACAGCAGAAAGUCUGCAAUGAAAGCACUAAAACUAUACGUGAAAGACUUGGAUUCCAAGGCUAUUCCUCUAUUUCUUGCUCAGGUUUCUGAGACCAAAGAAACUGGUUCAACAUCUGGGGAGUACACAAUUUCACUCUAUGAAGUUCUUGCUCGAGUCCAUGGCCCAAAAAUCAUCCCUCAGAUUGAUAACAUUAUGACAACCAUCAUCAAGACUUUAACUUCCAGUGCAGGGUCUUUCGCCCUUCAUCAGGCUUGCUCUAAAGUGGUCCCAGCAAUAGCAAGGUAUGGGAUUGAUCCCACGACCCCAGAAGACAAGAAGAGGUAUAUAAUACACUCUCUCUGCAAGCCUCUUUCAGAUUCUCUUUUGAGUAGCCAAGAGAGCCUGUCUUCUGGAUCUGCCCUCUGCUUAAAGGCUCUAGUGGACUCUGAUAAUUGGCGGUUUGCAUCAGAUGGGAUGGUAAAUGAGGUUUGUCAGAGAGUUGCUGGGGCUUUAGAGAAGUCCGUGCAAACCAAUUCCCACAUGGGAUUAAUUAUGUCGUUGGCAAAGCAUAAUAGUUUAAUUGUUGAAGCAUAUGCAAGAUUGCUAAUACAAUCAGGACUCCGCAUUUUGAAUGUUGGGGUUGUGGAGGGAAACUCACAAAAGAGGUUAUCUGCCAUUCAGAUGAUAAACUUUAUGAUGAAGUGUUUAGAUCCAAAAAGCAUAAUUUCCGAGCUCAACUUGAUAAUUGAGGAGAUGGAGAGGUGUCAAUCUGAUCAGAUGGCAUAUGUUAGAGGAGCUGCUUUUGAGGCCAUGCAAAUUGCUAGGAAGAUAUCCACGGAGAAAAGCUCAAAAUUUGAUUGCAAUGGGGGCUCAGCCACAGGCUCAAAUUAUCAUAGAAGAGAUACAGGUGGAAGAAGAAAUUUACAAGGUGCUGGGAAUAGAUCACCUGUUGCUGCAUCACCUGAGUCACAGACGAUGAAUUCAUUUGUUGGAUAUGAUUCUCUGCUUGACUCACCAAUUUCCACCAUCCAUUUCUCAGGGGAAUUUACUCCUGACCGGAGGAGUGUUAACCGAAAACUGUGGAGGACAUAUGAGAAUAGUGGGGUGGAUGUGUCUCUCAAGGAUGGUUUGUAUUCUGAGGUUUGUCAUGGAAGUGCCUUCGAAAAUUCAUCAAGUGAUGAACUUUCUAAUAUUGGAGGUGAUUACCCAGAUGGAUUUGCUGGAUUCUUCCUGAGGAGUCCUGCCAACCAAUCACUAAGAAGCACUACACCUAGUCCUCAGAAGUCUCGGAUUAAUGUUGACAACAUCAAGAUCUACUCCACGCCAAGGAAGCUUAUCCGAUCACUUCAGGAUCCAAAUGAUGAGGGUACUGACUCCUCAGGAAAAGAAACCAGGAUAAGUCCAUCCGGCAAAUCCAAUUGGAGUCCUACAUUCAAAAAUGAACAAAAUGGUCUUUCACCUGAUAUGAAGAGUGAGGCAAAAAGUGAUGAAAAAUUACUUGGUGGUGAACAGUUCCUAGGUGGUUCAGAAUCUGUUUCCUCAACAGAAGAUGUCCCUCCUGAUGCUGAUUUGCAAGUGUCUCCGAAGGUAGGUGGUGUAAACAAAAUUGAAACCCGAUGUUUCAACAUUCAGAAAAAUAAUUGGAAGUCCACUACCAGUAAGGUCUUUGGCUUCUUUAUUCUGCUACUUGCAGUUUCCAUCUGUUUCUUGUGGACUGGUAAUCAGGAUGAAGGGUAUAACCUUGUUCCCACCUAGUUUACUCACUUUGAUGUGUAAAGUCAAUGCGCAUAAUGUGGUAAAUGCCUUGGCAAAAUCUUGAGUUGUGGCGAUCAAACAUUGAUUCUUCUUUUGUAGCCAUAGAAAGUAUUAGAGCAUGUCAACAGACGUUUUGUUUGCUGAAUAGAAGUUGAUCCCCAUUCUGUUAUUUGGGGGUAUUA